GCGCGACCCUAGACAAACAUUUGAUAUAUAUAUCCAUUUACUUUAUUGUGUGAUCGCUGAUCGUGGGAUCGUCGUGUGUUCGUCUGUGUGUUCGUGUAUGUGUGUGUUUGACCGCCUCUGCAAAUGUUUACCAGCAGUUAAUGGCCAUGAAGAAACUUUAUGCCAAAACCUCGUUCACAAGCAAGAAAUCCAAUGGAAGUGCCGCCGUUGUCUCUGGUCCCAUUUUGGCGUAUCAUCAGACCGCCAAUGCGAUGCCAACCAUGUGCGAGUUCCAACCAUCCCCGCAGCAGCAGCAUCCACAACAGCAGCUCCAUCAAUCGCCAGCUGCUCAACAUGAGCAGUUGCUGAUCAAGCGCAGCCAGAGUCUCUACAGCAAGGCAACGUCCAAGGGCGUUGCAUUGCCUGUGGCUGGCGGUGAUUACUACAGCAUUGAGGAGCUGCAGGAGUUGGAUCUGCUGGACUAUCGCCAUCCCAUGUACCAUCAUUAUCAGCAGCAGGAGUUGAUGAUGCGACAGCGUUCCGCUGCCGCCUACCAUGAGCACGAGCAACUGGUGCUGCAACUGCCCAAGGCACAGGGAGGAGGCGGCGGCACGCCCACUGCCAUCUAUGAGGCGCCCACCUGGACAACACAGACGCAAGCAACGCUGCUCCAUGAUCAAGCUUUGUACGUACCGCCAGGCGUAGGUGUUGGCAGUCGAAAUGUCGAAGUAACACUUGCAACAUCUACAACAACAUCAUCAUCAUCGUCGUCGGCAACAUCACCAUCAUCCACAUCUACAUCAGUCUCCCCUGUGUCCGUUUCUUCCACCUCAACUGCCAUAUUCUCCACAUUGCGCAAAUGCGUACCCUUGCCCCAGUCCCCUGUGGCGACUCCGCCACUGCCGCCACUUCCAACAACUGUGUCGAACAGAAUUUCCACUUCCAAUUGUUCCACAGUCUCCUCCUCCUCGACCUCCUGCUCCUCUGCCAGACUUGCCAGCUCCAUGUCGUUCUCAAUUAGAACACCACGUUCGACAGCCACAACACAACAGCAGCAGCAGCAUCAUCAUCAUCUCUAUAGCAACAUACAACAUUAUCUGCAGCUGCAACACCAACAACACAAUCAACAACAACAACAACACAUACAACGCAUCCCUCAGCGUCGGCAUAAUUCGGUCAAAGAUAAACUCAUUGUUACUGAACAAAGCAUUAUUGGAGCCCGUGCCUCAGUGAUGGUGUACGAUGACAACCAGAAGAAGUGGGUGCCUUCGGGCAGCUCGUCGGGACUGAGUAAAGUGCAGAUCUAUCAUCAUCAGCAGAAUAACACAUUCCGUGUCGUGGGUCGCAAGUUGCAGGACCACGAGGUGGUCAUCAACUGCUCCAUUUUGAAGGGACUCAAAUACAAUCAGGCCACAGCCACAUUCCAUCAAUGGCGUGAUGCUAAAUAUGUGUAUGGUCUCAACUUUUCCAGCCAGAGCGAUGCCGAGAACUUUGCGCGCGCCAUGAUGCAUGCCCUAGAGGUGCUGAGCGGUCGUGUGAUCAAUAAUCCAGCCGGUCAACCCACAAAUGGCAAUGGCUACGAAGAGGAUAUGGGCUAUCGCACGAUGACCAGCGAGGAUGCUGCUAUAUUGCGACAGAACAACGGCAUUGGUGGACACAUAACGCCCUCGGCGCAAACGCCCACCUCACAGACAAAUCAGAAUAACAUACCACAGAGUCCGCCAACGCCACAGGGACACCAUCGCACCAGCAGCGCACCACCGGCGCCACAACCACAGCAACAGCAGCAACAACAACAACAGCAGCCACAGCUGGCGCCUCAAGCGGUUUCCCAUUACGGACCCACUGCCAACGGGCCAACGUCCAAUGGACUGCCACAGCAGGGCAAUCCUCAAAUGCAGAUUCCACCUGCACCCGGUCAGGCACAACAACAACAGCAGCAGCAACAACAGCAACAGUAUCAACAGCAGCCACAACAGCAGCCCGUCUACAAUACACAACAGCAGCAGCAGCAGAUGGUGCAAGCGGGCUAUGCGCCUCCUCAGCAGUACCAGCAGCCCCACUAUGUGCUCUCAAACUCUAAUCCCAAUCUCAAUCUACAUCAAUACCCGACACAGCAGCCACAGCCGCCGAUGCCGCCCGUGCAUCAGAAUGGAGGCGGGCCCAUCUACGGGGCCACACAGCCCGCCCAUAUCCCCAGCUCGACCAGCUCCAACAGCGUUGUGUAUGCCAGUCAGCCGCAGUUGAUACCACAGCCUCCCCAGGCGCCCGGUAUGCCAGCUCCCGGAUACGGACAACACAAUGGACAGCAGCCGGAGAAUCCCUAUGGGCAAGUGCCGUUGGCGCCGCCAAUGAUGCAACAGCCAGGCAGUGGUGCACCCAUGCCGCCACCACUUAAUCGCAUGAGCAGCACAGGCGGAGUUGCUGGCGCAGGUCCAGGACAGGUGGCAGCUCCGGCGCCGCCACCACCACCACCCACAUUUGGCGGUGCACCGCCGGCACCACCACAGAUGUUCAAUGGUGCACCCGCACCACCACAGCCGCCGGCACCACCUGCUCCACCAGCUAUGGGCGGACCUCCAGGUGCCCCAGGCGGUCCGGGUGGUCCAGGUGCACCACCGCCGCCGCCACCGCCUCCUGGCAUGGGUGCAGGCGGCGCAGGCAAAAAGGAUGAUCCCCAAGCCGAUCUCAUGGGUUCGCUGGCCUCGCAAUUGCAGCAGUUCAAGCUCAAAAAGAACAAGUCAACCACAGCUGCUCCGGAGAACAGCGGCAGCAGCACUUCGAGUGGCGGCAGCGGCAAUUAUGGCACCAUUGGUCGCAGCUCCAAUGGCAUGGCUUCGAUGAUGGACGAGAUGGCCAAGACGCUGGCUCGGCGACGUGCGCAGGCAGAAAAGAAAGAUCCUGAGCCGGAACCAGAAGUCAAGCAGCGGCCAUGGGAGAAGUCAAACACAUUGCCACACAAGCUCAGCAGUGGAGGCAGCAGUGGUGCAGCGUCCAAUGCGCAUGGCGGAGCUAACGGCAGCACCGGCAGCGGUCAGAGCACAACGAAUAGCGGUGGUGAAUCGCCACGACCCAUGCGCAAGCGCUUUGGCAGCGCUAGUGAAGAGACUAUUCUCAAGGUUAAUGGCGAUGGUCUAUCACUGGCACUGUCCAACAGCGAUCUGGACACCCUGAAGGCUGAGAUAGUGCGCGAAAUGCGCCUAGAAAUACAGAAAGUCAAAAACGAAAUCAUAGACGCUAUCAAAUCGGAGUUCAAUCGUAGAUAGAUCAAAAUACAUACCAGGCCUCGAAGCUCUCUCCCACUCUCCUGUCACUCUAAGCAGUCGCAAUCCCUCAGCUGAAGUAGAAGAGCAGCUACAUUGUCCCCAAAGUGGCCGUGUGCUGGAUUGGUAUAUGGGUAGACGGUGUCUCUAUCUCCGUCUACUGCUUCUCUGUCUCUACCGUUAGCCAGCGCGCGUAUCACGAACUGAGUUAGAACAAGGCGCAUCAGAUAUUUAAAUGUGUAAUUCUAAAUAUUUUAAAUGUAAUUUCGAUGAAAUAUUUGAAAUGACACCCAACGUAUUCGAGUAUUUACAAGCAUAUACAUAUAUAUACAAAUUUAUAUAAAAACCUACGCGUAUAUAUAUAUAUAUAGUUCUACAUAUACAUUUAAAUAUAUAUAUAUAUAUAUAUAAAUAUAAUUUAUACUAACACGAAAGUACGCAAAUUAUAUAUCAGCUUUUUACAACAACAAGGAACUUUUAGUCAAAAUAAUCGUAAUUCAAAUCGAAUUCUAAGUUAAACACGAUCUUUAAACAAAUUUUGUACGAGAAACAACAAAAUUUAAGUAUGUAAUUUUACAAUUGUACAUUAUUUUUAAAUAAGUAUAAACAAUUUUACUGAGAACAACCACAAACGAAAUGUCUCCUUUUGCUCUGUGUUUGCCCAAUCUUUCUCUUUCACCACAUUUUCCCUCCUUUUGCUGGCUUUUUGUUUCGCUUUUUUUAAUACCAAAAAAAAAAAAAAAAAAAAAACAAGAUACAAAUCAAAACAAAAAAAAAGAGAACUCGUAAUUAUUAACAAAUACAAAAAUAAACCAAAAAAGAAAAAAUGAACAAAAAUAAAUAACACUCAAAAAAAAGAAAGCAAUUUUAACAAGCAUCUAAAUCUAUUCUAUAGACCGCAUAAUACUGUAAACGCAAACAUACAUAUACGAUAGACGUACACUCACACAUUCUCUUGACACUCACACACACACACAAUUCCAUACACAAUGCUCGUAACUCUCUAUAUCAACAAAUUAAUCAAAAACACAAAAGUAUGGAAACAUUCGUUGCAUCUCAAGUGCUUUGAGAAGAGUCAACAACAACAUUUACGCAGUCGGAUAGCUGACAACAACAAAACUUUCCUAAGUCACGAUCUCAUAAACAACAACAACAAAAAGAAAACAACACAAGACAAAUCGAUUGACGCAUUGAUAAGUUAUCGAUUCAUUCAGAAAUUAACACAAAAGAACACAAGAAGGUCUUCGAAACUGUUCAAAGCGGAAUUGAGUUUGGUGUUCGGCACUUUUGAAUGCAUUAGCGUUAUAUAUACAAAUAAAUCGACAUAUAUAUAUAUACUAGACAACAGAUAUUGAUAAUCUAUAAACGCAGAGGACAGACAGGCAGAAUUUUGAAUGCCGCAAGUAUUAGCUAAAAUAUCCGCGAAAUAAUGAAUUCAAAAGUAAAUUUAAUAAAUGGACUGCUGCAAAAAAUACAUUAAAUAAGCAAGAACAACAACCGAAAAUAGCAAAUUGCAAUUAUCAAUUACAUAAUUGCAAUUGAUGAAAACCCCUCCUCCAUUAGAGACACAAAUUGUUUUCCUAGUUGAUCCUGAACAUAUUGAGUACCAAUUUCAACUUCCAUAUACAAUUAAGACUAAAUAGUGAAAUUUAUAUACAACUAAACUUGAAAUGAGAAAAAUACAAAAACUUACGAAUAUAUAUGAUAUAAAUAUGAAUAUGAAUAUGAUUACGAAUAUGAAUUAAAAAUAUGAAAUACGAAAACGUGGCACGAUGAUGAGUUUAGUUCUUAAGACGUACAAUUUAAACACAACAAAAACAAAAGAAAACGAAAUGAAAUGAAAUUGUUUAUUAAGUAUAACAUUAAUUUAUACAACAAAAUGUGGACGCGAUUGCGGGAUGAGCA